AUGUCCUUAGAAAAACCCACCAUUCUCCUUAUUCCUGGAGCCUGGCAUCUCCCCGACGUUUUUGAUGAUGUCCGCGCCUCUCUAGCACUUCGUGACUUCCCCAGCGUGGCUGUUGCACUCCCAUCUAUUGGUGCAGAGCCACCAUCCAAGGGACUUACGGAUGAUGUCAUCUUCGUGCAAAAUGAAAUUAAAAAAUUGUCCGACGAAGGCAAGAAAAUUGUGGUUGUUGCCCAUUCCUACGGUGGAAUGGUUGGAGCUGAUGCCGUGAAAGGCAUGGGAUAUGCAGAAAGGAAGAAGGACAGCAGUAACGGUGGUGUACUCAUUUUGGUAUACCUGGCCGCGUUUGUUGCCAAAUCAGGCACUAGCCUGCUAGACAUGCUCGGGGGAAAGUGGUUACCAUGGAUGCAACUUGACGGAAACUACUGCAAGGCAUCAAUGGCAUCAGAAAUCUGCUAUCACGACCUUUCCGAAAAAGACCAGGAAAAUUGGAACCUUAGGCUCGUGCACACCUCGCGUGCCGCUUUCGAGGAUCGAGUCUCUCACGAGCCUUGGCAUAAUCUUCCGUGUAUGUAUGUGUUUUGCGAGGAGGAUCGGGCAAUCCCCAUUUCCGUCCAAGAGUCCAUGGCGGGUCUAUUAGGCGAUUACAGCCAAUAUCGAUGCAACAGCUCGCAUUCUCCAUUCUUAAGUAUGCCAGAGAAGGUUGCCGAGGCAUGUGAAAUGGCAGGAAAGAUUGGCUUGGAGAAAAUCGAAGGAAUCUCAAUGGCUUUGUGA